AUGUUCCAGCAGCAGCUGUGGUCCCGCGCAGAGGGCCAGCUCAGGGCCGGUCCAAACCCCCUGACCGCCCUGGACCGCACCCUGAGGAGAGCCUGCUGCCUGGUGCUGGAGCUGCUUAAGCACCAUCUUCAACCCUGGUGCAGCACCAUGCUGAGCCGUGACUGGCUCCUGAAUGGAGAGCCGGGGCCAAAGUUAUGUGCAGCUUUGGAGCAGCACGUGGAGCUCUACAGACGCGUCCGCCCGCCCUGUGGACAGUGGCUGCAGGAGGAGGCGCGCUGGGUGCUGCUGGGAGAGUACCUCCGUGCUUUGAUGCACAAAAGGAUAGUAUGCCACAGUGCAGACGACAGGAGCCGGCUGGCCGAGCAGAUGCUCCAAGACGACUUCACCUUCAGAGAAAUCUUCCUCACACUGGAAGCAGACGGCUCAAACAACCCCUUGGCUCUCAUCCCUAUCCUGGCUGACUUCUUCCGCCUCAAAGAUCCUGGGUUACUUGUCCUUGAUAUUUCUGCAAUUGCUGAAAAAUACCCUGAUAUAAGUGCGGAGCACGUCUUGGUGUUGCUGGACAUUCGUGGAGACGUGCCUCGAGACGUCAGGUGCACAGUGAGGGAUGUUCUGCAGAUGAACUCUGUUCCCCUUCCAGAGGGAUACAGACCUGUGUUCACAGACGUCCUGCUGCCUCAGUCCAACUCCAGCUUCUGCCUUCCCACAUCCAAGUGCACCUGA